CACCACCUCCAACUCUCCAACAAGGCGGUUCUCGUCACUCUAGUCCUACUUGCGAGUUUGGUGCCAGCGUACGGCUGCCUUGGAUUCUUCAAGUUUUUCAAGGAUAAACCCGUGGGAGGCUUGAAGACCGCCGAAGAACUGUACGUCUUGGCCGUCUACUUUGGAUCGCUGUACGGCGCCUUCCAGGCUUAUGCGCGCGCCGUGUUUGCAGAGCUGAUACCCAUGGGCGAAGAAGCGCGCUGGUACGGUCUCUUUUCCAUCACAGACAAGGUGGGCGCACUCUCUCUCUCUAUGCAACAUUGCAACAUUCGCUACGCCUUCUUUUUCCUCUUUGGCAUGAUACUCGCGGCCGUAUUACCGCUGCUGGUCGUCAAUGUCCCACAGGGUCGACGAGACGCGGACGCCUAUGCUGCCCAGCGGUAA